AUGUGCCCGUGCCCCCUGCACCGCGGCCGCGGUCCCCCGGCUGUGUGCGCCUGCAGCGCGGGCCGCCUGGGUCUGCGCUCCUCCGCCGCGCAGCUUACGGCCGCCCGGCUCAAGGCGCUCGGCGACGAGCUGCACCAGCGCACCAUGUGGCGGCGCCGCGCGCGGAGCCGGAGGACGCCAGCGCCCGGCGCGCGCCCCACCUACUGGCCCUGGCUGUGCGCGGCCGCGCAGGUGGCGGCGCUGGCGGCCUGGCUGCUCGGCAGGCGGAACUUGUAGGAACGCGGGGCUUCUUGGUGGGGCCGGAGCCGAGACCCAGACGGAGCAAGCAACAGGUUGGUGAAAACCCUGUGUCCUUGGAGAAAGCUGGUUCCCGUUUUCCUGAGGGGGAGCCCACAGCUUGAAAGGCCAUGGCUGGCACUUCAAGAAGGAAGUGGAGAAUAAAGACCGUGCCUGGAGCAAUAGUAGAAGUGCAGAAUGGGCCUGGGGAUGCCCUUUGGAUACCCAGCUGCAGAAAGAGACACCCUGAUGCUAUU